AUACCUGAAGAAGACGAUACCUUGGAACAAUCAGUGGAGUCGCCCACGACGCUCAACCCUCCAGCUCGUCUUGCCUCACGCUUCUAUCACUCGUCAUCCGCUCGCCGAAAGUCCUCAGCCGCUUCUUCUCGCAGGAACUCCAUAUCGUCCACCCACUCCCAUCAAUCGAACCGUUCGUACCGAGGCACCAACUGUCAAAGCAAUCAUGUCGCUCAACAUCUCCGUCGCGCUUCUAUCAUAGAGAGCCGCAAAGCUCGUCUUGCGGAUCGAGCUGCACAUGCCGAACAAGUCCGGCUACGUGCCGCAUUGGCCAAGGCUGCGACUCGCGCUUCAAACAGCGAAGAACGAGCCCUCGCCGCCCAGCACGCGCGUGAGAAGCACCUCGCACAGGUCGCCGCUGCAUGCGCCGAGGAGGUCAAACGCGCAAAGAAGGUAGCGGAGGAGAUGAAAGAGCGAAAAGCAGCGGAAGAGCAGAGAUAUCGGUUGGAGAUGGAGGAGAAGCAUGCAGAGGCGGAAAGAAGGCGUGCGGAGUAUAAGAAAAAUAUGAGGAGACCUCGUACCGCCAGUGUACCUGCCACUGAUGCAAAGAAGGAGCUUGCAUCUGGUACUCAGUCACCCAAGAGACUGAGUGACCUGACGGCCGCGGCCACGAUUCAGGAAGCCUGGAGAAGGAACCGCCGGAGAAGAGCGCUGGAAGCUUUCGUCGGGCUCGGCCUUACGGUUGAAAAAUCGCAAGAAGCGAGCUUCGAUGACAUAUCGACAGUCCUUGCAGACGACAAAGUGGUGAAUAACACUAUCCGCGUCCUGGAGAUCUUCAACUUGGAUGCAGCGGAUGACAAGACAACGGUCCCGACGCGGACAUUCCUAAGCGCCUAUCUAAUACUCGGUCACCCGGCAUCAGUUCUAAGCAGAGAUGGUGCCCAAGAACAAGACCUUAUCAACAAAGCAAAAGACCUUAUGAUCUGCUUUGAAGCGGCGGUUUUGAAAGCGAUGGAAUCGAGCCGCUACAUGCCGACUCCGACCCAAUUGGAACAUUUGUCGUUCGCCUUCACGGCUUACCGGCAAUCUUUUGGCGAUUGGAAGGCUCGCGACUCCUCUGCACUCAUCGAAGCGAUGGUCGCUUCCUUUGUUAACCUCGACGCCAUAUGGCAAUCCGUGAAAGACUACACGGAUGGCGAAGUGGCUGCCGAUUACCGCGAAGGUAUUCGAGAAAAUCAAGUCAUUCUUCUAAGCAAAAUCCGAAAACUGGCUGGCCCUGAUAAAACUCAUAAUCUCAUCAAGCGAGCGAUCAGAGAAAGCCGAAGAGCUCGGCCACGACCGAAACCCCUUGGCGACACUCGCCCUAGGGUUGAUGUGGACACCGAGGCGGAGAGUUCCAGGGAACAAGCUACGCCGUCGCAUUCACCGGAAGCGACUCAUUUGAUAUCGGCGAGCGGCGCGGAAACUCAUGAUGAACUCCAGCCGUCAAAUUCAUUCGGGAACUUGUUCUCGCUUCUUCCAACCAACCGUAAACUUGUCCACGAACUUGCCAUCAACAAAGAAUAUCGGAUUGAACCCUCACCUCAAUCCGAUUUCCGUCACGUUUUCAGCCGACAACUAUGCGAUGAUAUGAAACGCGGUUUCGAGCAAGGUGAAGGUAACCUAUGGACGGUCUCGAUGGCCGAAAACAUUCGAGGCAAACUAUUGCGACUCCUCCGAGAGGGCAACUCGAUGUAUAACCUGAUCUCCGAGGCGCUCGAUCCUUCCUGGGUUGAAAGCCAAUGCAACGCGGGAAAUUUCUCCUAUGAGAAGUUCUUCAAGUUCAUGGCGGACAUCCUCCCUCGACUCUGUGCGCCGUUCCGAGACGGGGAAGUCAAGGAGUUGGUGAACGAGCUGCUGGCGCCUGGUGAUUUAGGUGAAAUGAUCGAGAAGGUUUUCAAACUCCUCCGGACAAUUGAUCUCCUCUCGCUGGAUCAUGCGAACUUCAUGCUGACAACUGCUGUCCCUUCGCUCAUUGCGGAAUCGGCAGGCUAUGAACAACGCAUGUUCCGACAAGAUCUAGAAUCCGGAAAGGUUACUCUCGCACAGACUAAACGUUGGUGGCACAACGCCAGCGUUAACCUGUUUACGGAAUUUGACCGCCGCGAUCCGGAUGCAGUCGGCGGGCCAAAUAACCGGCCGACCAUGCAACGUAUCUAUGCGCGAGGUCUUGUCGAUCUCUCCGUCGCCGUCCCCUCCCUCCGUGGCGACGAACUCCCCGAAACCCUUUCCUUUGACCAGGACCGCAUUGUGCGCAUCCGCGCGGACACUGUGCGUAUUACUACCAUCGGCGCGAUGUUGCUCACCGCCAAAAACCUGCUCAAGCGCGACGUGCGCAGCCAAUGGCGGCCCGAAGCCAACCGGAUCUGGGAUCUGCUGAAAAACUCGGGCCACACCUCGAUGACGGUUUCAUCUUCUCUCCCAUCCCCCCCUCCCUCGCCAUCUUCAUCCGCCGCGCCAUCGGCACUGGCGAACUCCAUCCUGCAAAUCCUCACCUCCGCUCAUCCCAUGCCCACGUCUUCUCAAUCCACCCUCCUCGCGACGGUCACCCGUCACCUCACCCAAGCCGCUUCGGGCCGGCUUACUGACCCGGUGUUGAAAGUCCUCUUCUCGCGCCUCCGGGCCCACAUAUUCGCGCGCGUCGCCGCGAGCAGCUCGGGCGAGCGUGUACGGAGAGCCGCGACGGCUGGAGAGGGGCUCAGCAGCAGCGGUCUGGGCGAGUUUGUGGAGCGGGUGGAAGGACUGGUCGAGGAGCUUGGGCGGGUGACGAAGGUGGACUGGGCAGGGCAUGCGGAGUGGUACGAGCAGCUAGUCCGGGAGGUGGAGGAGGGUGCAGAACGGGAG